GCCAACCCUGCAAUGAUGAAUUGUGGAACUGACAGAGUUCCACGUGGUCUGUGCAGAGAUCAUAGCGUAUCACAGCUUUGUGAAACAAAUGGAGGUGCUGGCGACAAAAGCUUUUGUUGUGGGUCUCAUGAGCCUUUGUUUUCUCAUUCAGUCAAACUGAAUGGUGGGAGGCAUGUACAAGGAAUUCUGCGUGGAUUCGAUCCCUUCAUGAAUCUUGUGGUGGAUGAGUCAGUCGAGAUGGCGCCUGGUGGACAGCAGAACAAUAUUGGUAUGGUGGUUAUUCGUGGGAACAGCAUUAUUAUGCUCGAAGCCUUAGAACGAGUCUAGUGAAGAUGGCAGUUAUUGCUGAAACCAUGGCAGAGUUGAUGAAUCGAGAGAACUGUUCCAAGCUGUUAGUCGUCUUGGGUUUUUGAGAUAAAAGGCAAUGUGUUCAAAGUUAAUAUGGAGCGACAUAGGUCCUUAGUGAAUACUGGAUGAUUUUGGGAUCUGAACUACCUGCGAAGUCUUGUUUUGUAUGAAAUGUAUUUGUAUUCUACAAGUUGACUAUUCUUGAACACUGAAUGAUCUGUAAUAAAACAUUUGUAGUUUUUUGAAAAUAA